AUGUCCGUGUCCACAAUUACAUGGCGGUUGAGCAAUUGCCACUUUGCGUUGCUCAUUCAGGUGGUCUGCACUUUGGGUCCAAAGUCGCGCAGCGUUGAGGUGCUUGAGGAGCUCCUGCGCGCUGGUAUGAGCGUUGCGCGCUUCAAUUUUUCGCAUGGCUCUCACGACUAUCACCAGGAGACGCUUGAUAACCUGCGCAUCGCUAUGAACAACACGAAGUUGAUGUGCGCAGCGAUGCUGGACACCAAGGGCCCCGAGAUCCGCACCGGCACACUGAAGGAUGGCAAGCCGGUGCAACUGACCGCUGGCAGGGAGGUCACGAUUACCACGGACUACGCCCAGCCGGGCGACGAAAACACGAUUGCCAUGAGCUACAAGAAGCUGGCGCACGACGUCAAGCCAGGUUCACAGAUUCUGUGCGCGGACGGCAGUAUCGUAUUGGAGGUGAUCUCUACGGACCCCGCUGCCGGUACCGUCCGCGCUCGCUGCAUGAACUCCGCCAUGCUGGGAGAACGCAAGAACGUCAACCUGCCCGGUGUGGUGGUGGAUCUACCAACGCUGACGGAGAAGGACGUGGAUGACAUCAUCCACUGGGCCAUCCCCAACGACAUCGACUUCAUUGCCGCGUCCUUUGUGCGCAAGGGCUCCGACAUUGAUACCAUUCGCCAGGUACUCGGGGAGCGGGGUCGCUUCAUCAAGAUCAUCUCGAAGGUCGAGAACCAGGAGGGGAUCCAGAACUUCGACGACAUCCUGCUCAAGACGGAUGCCGUCAUGGUGGCUCGCGGAGACCUUGGAAUGGAAAUCCCCACCGAGAAAAUCUUCCUGGCGCAGAAAAUGAUGAUCCAAAAAUGCAACUAUGCCGGCAAGCCCGUCAUCACGGCCACUCAGAUGCUGGAGUCAAUGAUUAAGAACCCGCGGCCCACUCGUGCCGAGGCGACUGACGUGGCGAAUGCCGUACUCGACGGUACGGAUUGCGUCAUGCUUUCCGGCGAGACCGCGGCCGGCAACUUUCCGGUCGAGGCCGUCAAGGUGAUGACCAAGAUCUGUCGCGAGGCCGAGGCCUCCCUGGACUAUUACGCCAUGUUCAAGAACAUCCUAAAGCAGGCGCCCAUGCCCAUGUCCCCCCUGGAGUCCCUGGCAUCUUCCGCCGUGCGCACCGCACACAAGGUGCACGCGUCACUUAUUGUGGUGUUGACUCGGGAGGGGUCCACCGCCCGGCUGGUGGCCAAGUACCGCCCGCUGGUGCCAGUGCUUACAGUGGCAGUGCCCGUGCUCACGACAGACAGCCUCACGUGGACCUGCAGCGGCGAGGCACCCGCGCGGCAGUGUCUGGUUACCAGGGGUCUGAUUCCGGUGCUGGCGGAGGGCAGUGCGCGCGCAACCGACAGCGACACCACGGACGAGAUCUUGGCGGCCGCGAUCGAGCACGCCAAGCGCGCGCGCUACUGCGCCAAGGGCGACUCGAUUGUUGCUCUUCACCGCAUCGGCAACGCGUCCGUCAUCAAGAUUGUGGACAUCAAGUAA